AGCCCUCUGCAGAUAACUUCAUUCUACAGUCCCCGUUGUACAGCUGCUGACACAGCUCCUACCAGCCAGGCAAGAACGCGCAGAUUCACUUCCAGCUAGACCGGGUAAUAUGUCACUUCAGGCUGAGUUUGAGAAGCUAGCAGAACAGGUGAAGAAGGUGAAGACCAGACCGACUGACCAAGAGCUGCUGGAUAUGUACGGCUUGUACAAGCAGAUCAUCGUUGGAGACAUCAACAUUGACAAACCAGGCAUGCUUGACAUGAAAGGAAAGGCCAAAUGGGAGGCAUGGAAUUCAAGACAAGGGACGUCCAAGGAGGACGCCUUGUCAGCAUACGUUGCACUUGCUAAAGAGAUUAUCAGCAAAUAUGGGCUGUGAGGAUGGUAAUCAUGUUCUCCUCCCAUUAAGGAUUAAGUUUGUAGCAACUCAUCUAGGGGUCAAAGUUCCUUUCACUUUUGAUUUUGAACAACGUCUAUGCACCUGUUUGAUAUAAGAAACAUUACCAACACUGAUUAUUAA